AUGAUCCUUUCGACCCGCCUCCCCGGCUCGAUCUUGGACAAGAAGGGCCAACCGUCGGAGAAGACGGCCGUCUUUUGCGGUUGCUCUUGUCCCAUGCGCAAACCAGACUUGUGCGUCGCGCUCUUGAUUUUUAUUUGGAACCGGUUGUACAGACAGGCCCGGCAUGGGUUGGAUCAAAACGACGACAAACGUCCCCACGUUGACGUCUUCGUGUCAGGAACGCGGGCCCAGACGAGCGGCCCUAUUCGGCCAAAGAUCAGAGAUCAGAAGACGUGA